AUGAAGACUACACUUUGGUUGGUGGGGACUCUGUGUCUAACAUGGCUUCCAGGCCGACUGGUGGCCAAAUCCCUGCUGAGCUCCAUCCAGCAGGACGGGAUGGUUCCUGUCGGUGACGUCAGUAUCGACUCCGAGAGAGCGAACGACUUCCUGACCCACUCCAGACCCAAGAGGAAUGUGGACCCCAGGUGGUACCGCAACAACCCCGAUUUCCAGUCCUACUACCGCUACUACAGCAGCAUCGGCCACACUGAGGGGCUGUACGAGAUUGACAAGCUGCGGAUGCUCUACCAGCAGAUGAGGUACCUGGAGCACACCUACGGCCCCAACGCCUCCUACUUCCAGAGCAAGCUGGGACUCCCCGUCCUCAUGUGCGACCCCGCCACCGACAAGAACUGCAAGGCCGUCCCUGCACCUCCUCCGAUGAAAGGUGUCCCGAAGGCCACCGAGCCACCGCCCACUCCCUCCAGCGCCCCCCCACUCCCGCCCGCCCCGGUGAUCUCUCAGGCAGACGUGUUGUAUCUGUGCAACACCAAAGACCCUCUCUGCAAGCCCCACAUCGUCUACAUGCCUACCGGCGCGGUCCCGGUACUCUGUGACCCGCGAUACCAUCCGCACUGCACCCCUCAGAAAGCCCCGCCACCUCCUGCUGUGAAGGCACAACCUCCCCCUCCGCCCCCUAUGAAGUCCGCACCCCCUCCGCCCCCUAUGAAGUCCGCACCCCCUCCGCCUCCACCUGUCCUGGUCAAGAAGUCCCCCCCAGCUCCCAUCCGAAUCUUCAAAGGCAUGGAGUACGACUGUGACCCUUACUGGGACCCCGACUGCCUGAUCGACCACCCGCCCAGGCCCGUCAAAGGAAAAAUCAUGGCCCUCCCGCCACCGCCUCCUCCUCCAGUUGUGGAGAAGGAAGAACCAGCGGCGGAGCCGACCCCUCCUCCUCCACCUCCUCCUAAAGGGAAAAAACUCCUUUUGCCACACCCCUACUUCCACCCACUCCCCUACGACCCCAGAGAUGACCUUUACGACCCUGUCCGCUUCCAGUACCCCCAGCCAAUCGAGCCCGCCGACGAGCCUGCAGAAGAAGACCAGUAG